AUGACCGACCAGGUACGUUCGGAUGUCCAGGAAAAACUGGUUCAGAGCGGAGAGUACGAAAAACUCUCUCAACACAUCCAGGCCCGACUUCGAAACAGCGGCUGGUACGACAAGGUCAGUGCUUUGGCCCAGGAGGAGGCUAGCAAACAGGAUAAGGUGGAACUGAGUUCUCUGUUGGAAAAAGUACAGCCUCAGGCAUGCGAUCUGGUUGACGACGACAUCAAGGUCGAGACUCUCAAGAUGAUUGCCUCUUUUCUCGAGGGAGCUUUAAAGUAG